UUCCCUUCAAACAUUUUGUAAGCGUCAGGGAGAAAGGAGGAGGAGAGAGAAGAGGGGGGAAAAAGAGCGAGAGGAACAAGGGGGGUCGAUCGUGCGCCAAUCCCUCCCGAGUCCCUGAGCAGCCGGACGAGUCUGGAUUGUGUCCCCCGAGUCAGACUGAAAAGGGCGCCGAGACUCCGGGCCACUGCCCGGCGGCCCCGUUUUACGCGCGCCCCGGUGCGAUCCCGACCACCCGGCUCCGAUCCCCGGCCAGGGUCCCCGGCGCGAUGUGGGGGCCGCGCCUGGCCUUUUGUUGCUGGGGUCUGGCCCUGGUUUCGGGCUGGACGACCUUUCAGCAGCUGUCCCCGUCGCGUAAUUUCAGCUUCCGCUUCUUCCCGGAGGCAGCAGUGCCCGGAUCCCCGGGUCGGUGGCCGGCGAGGCCCCCCGCGCCCUCCGCGCCCGGCGAAGAGGAGCCGGCCGAGAGCAAAGUGGAGCGCCUGGGCCAGGCGUUCCGGAGCCGCGUGCGGCGCCUGCGGGAGCGCAGCGGGCGCCUGGAGCUCGUCUUCCUGGUGGACGAGUCGUCCAGCGUGGGCCGCGUCAACUUCCUCAACGAGCUCAAGUUCGUGCGCAAGCUGCUGUCCGACUUCCCCGUGGUGCCCACCGCCACGCGCGUGGCCGUCGUGACCUUCGCCUCCAAGAACAACGUGGUGGCGCGCGUGGAUUACAUCUCCGCCCGCCGCCCCCACCAGCACAAGUGCGCGCUGCUCAGCCGCGAGCUCCCCGCCAUCCCCUACCGCGGCGGCGGCACCUAUACCAAGGGCGCCUUCCAGCAAGCCGCGAAAAUUCUUCAACAUGCUAGAGAAAACUCAACGAAAGUUAUAUUUCUCAUUACUGACGGCUAUUCGAAUGGUGGAGAUCCAAGAGGCAUUGCAGCAUCGCUGCGAGAUGCUGGAGUGGAGAUUUUCACUUUCGGCAUAUGGCAGGGAAACAUCCGGGAACUGAAUGACGUGGCUUCCACUCCCAAGGAGGAACACUGCUACCUGCUCCAUAGUUUUGAAGAAUUUGAGGCUUUAGCUCGCCGGGCAUUACAUGAAGAUCUACCUUCUGGGAGUUUUAUUCAAGAGGAUAUGUCCCACUGCUCCUAUCUUUGUGAAGCUGGCAAAGAUUGCUGCGAUCAAAUGGCCAGCUGCAAAUGUGGAACACACACAGGACAAUAUGAGUGCAUCUGUGAAAAAGGCUAUUAUGGGAAAGGACUUCAGCACGAAUGCACGGCUUGCCCGCCAGGAACCUACAAGCCUGAAGCUUUGCCAGGAGGAAUCAGCACAUGUAUUUCAUGUCCUGAUGAAAAUCACACCUCUCCACCUGGAAGCACAGCCCCUGAAGACUGUGUGUGUAAGGAAGGAUAUCGGGCAACGGGCCAGACCUGCCAAGUUGUCCACUGCCCUGCCCUGAAGCCUCCUGAAAAUGGCUACUUUAUCCAAAACACUUGCAAGAACCACUUCAAUGCAGCCUGUGGGGUCCGGUGUCGCCCUGGAUUUGACCUCGUGGGAAGCAGCAUCCUUUUGUGUCUACCCAAUGGUUUGUGGUCUGGGUCAGAGAGCUUCUGCAGAGUGAGAACAUGCCCCCGUCUCCACCAGCCCAAACACGGCCGAAUCAGCUGCUCUUCUGGAGAAAUGACCUACAACACCACAUGCUUGAUUGCCUGCGAUGAAGGAUACAGGCUGGAGGGAAGCGCUAAGCUUACCUGUCAAGGAAAUGCCCAGUGGGAUGGCACUGAACCCCGGUGUGUGGAACGCCAUUGUCCCACCUUUCAGAAGCCUAAGGGUGUCAUCUUAAACCCCCUCAAUUGUGGCAAGCAGCCAGCCAAACCUGGGAUGCAAUGUCAUGUCAUGUGUCGCCCAGGAUUCGUUUUAUCAGGAGUCAGGGAAGUGAGAUGUACCCUUUCUGGAAAAUGGAGUGCGAAACUACACAGUACUGCGUGUAAAGAUGUGGAGGCGCCUCAGAUCAAUUGUCCUCAAGACAUAGAGGCUAAGACUCAGGAACAGCAAGACUCUGCUAACAUUACCUGGCAAAUCCCAACAGCCCGCGACAACUCCGGAGAAAAGGUAUCAGUUCAUGUUCAUCCGGCCUUUACCCCACCCUACCUAUUCCCAAUUGGAGAAGUGGCGAUCACCUACACAGCCACUGACCUAUCCAACAACCACGCCAGCUGCACUUUCCAUAUCAAGGUUAUUGAUGAAGAGCCCCCUGUCAUAGACCUGUGUAGAUCUCCACCUCCAAUCCAGGUCUCAGAGAAGGAGUACACUGCCACCUGGGAUGAGCCUCAGUUCUCAGACAACUCAGGCUCUGACUUGGUCAUCACCAAAAGCCACACACAAAGAGACCUUUUUCCUCAUGGGGAGACUGUUGUGCAGUACACAGCCACUGACCCCUCCGGCAAUAACAGAACAUGUGACAUCCACAUUGUCAUAAAAGCUUCUCCCUGUGAAGUUCCCUUUACACCUAUAAAUGGGAAUUUUACCUGUGCCCAGGAUAGCACUGGAGUUAACUGCACGUUAAGUUGCCUGGAGGGCUAUGAUUUCACAGAAGGGUCCACUGAGCAGUAUUAUUGUGCUUUUGAAGAUGGCAUUUGGAACCCACCAUAUUCCACUGAAUGGCCCGACUGUGCUAUAAAACGUUUUGCAAACCAUGGGUUCAAAUCCUUUGUGACACUGUACAAAGCAACUCGCUGUGAUGAUGUGGAUCUAUUGAGAAAGUUUUCUGAAGCCUUUGAGACUACCCUGGGGAAAAUGGUCCCAUCAUUUUGUAGUGAUGCUGAUGAUAUUGAAUGCAGGCUGGAGGACUUGACCAAAAAAUAUUGCCUGGAAUAUAAUUAUGACUAUGACAAUGGCUUUGCAAUUGGACCUGGAGGCUGGAGCACAGCUAACAGGCUGGAUUACUCUUAUGAUGACUUUCUGGACACAGUGCAAGGGACAAACACUGGCCUGAGCCAAGCCAGAUCCCCACGGAUCGCAAGAAAUGCCCCAUCAUCUGACCACAAAAUCCGGUUAAUUUUUAACAUCACAGCUAGUGUGCCAUUACCUGAUGAAAGAAAUGAUACCCUUGAAUUGGAAAACCAGCAGCGACUCAUUAAGACAUUAGAAAUGAUCACGAAUCAGCUGAAAAGGACGCUCAACACAGAGCCCAUGUCUUCUUUCCAUCUCGCCUCAGAAAGGCUGGUGGCUGAUAGCAAUUCACUAGAAACAGAAAAGGCUUUUCUCUUCUGCAGACCAGGCUCAGUGCUGAGGGGACGCAUGUGUGUCAACUGCCCUUUGGGAACCUAUUAUUCUCUGGAACAUUCUGCCUGUGAAAGCUGUGGGAUCGGAUCCUAUCAAGAUGAAGAAGGACAACUAAGGUGCAAGCCUUGUCCUCCUGGAACUCGCACUGAGUACCUCCAUUCCAGAAGCAUCUCUGAGUGUAAAGCUCAGUGUAAACAAGGCACGUACUCUUCCAAUGGGCUUGAGACUUGUGAAUCGUGUCCCCUGGGCACCUAUCAGCCAGAGUUUGGGUCCCAGAGCUGCCUCUUAUGUGCGGAACCCACUACAACGGUGAAAAGAGGAGCCGUGAACUUCUCUGCUUGUGGAGUACCUUGUCCAGCAGGAGAGUUCUCUCGCUCGGGAUUAAUGCCCUGCCAUCAGUGUCCUCGGGACUAUUACCAGCCGGACCCAGGAAAAUCCUUCUGCCUAUCUUGUCCCUUUUAUGGAACUACAACUUUUGCUGGUGCCAGAUCCAUCUCAGAUUGUUCUAGCUUUAGUUCAAGUUUCUCAGCAGCUGAAGAAAGCGACAUAUUCUUUAACUCUCCUGGAAGUAAAGAAAAGAAGUAUGAAGUUGGCAGUCAAGUUUUCCAUGAAUGCUUCUUGAACCCAUGCCACAAUAGUGGAACUUGCCAACAAGUUGGGCGUGGUUAUGUUUGUCAGUGUCCACCUGGAUAUACAGGCUUAAAAUGUGAAACAAAUAUUGACGAAUGCAGUUCCAUGCCUUGCCUCAACCAAGGAAUUUGUAAAGACCAAGUAGGGGGGUUCAUUUGUGAAUGCUCUUUGGGUUAUGCAGGUCAACUAUGUGAAGAAAAUAUAAAUGAAUGUAGCUCCAGUCCUUGCCUGAAUAAGGGGACCUGUGUGGAUGGCCUGGCUGGCUACUACUGUACCUGUGUGAAAGGGUACACUGGCGUGCACUGUGAAGCAGAAAUCAAUGAGUGCCAAUCAAACCCAUGCUUAAAUAAUGCAGCCUGUGAAGAUCAGGUUGGGGGAUUCUUGUGUAAAUGCCCACUUGGAUUUUUGGGUACCCGGUGUGAGAAGAACAUCAAUGAGUGUCUUAGUCAGCCAUGCCAAAAUGGAGCCACUUGCAAGGAUGGAGCCAAUAGCUUCAGGUGCCAGUGUGCAGCAGGCUUCACAGGGCCACACUGUGAACUGAACAUCAAUGAAUGUCAGUCUAAUCCAUGUAGAAAUCAAGCCACCUGCGUGGAUAAACUGAACUCGUACAGUUGUAAAUGCCCGCCAGGAUUUUCAGGCAGCAGGUGUGAGACAGAACAGUCUACAGCUUUUAAUAUGGAUUUUGAAGUUUCUGGAAUCUAUGAGUAUGUGAUACUAGAUGGUGUGCUCCCUGCUCUGCACGAGGUAACCUGGGCCUUCUGGAUGAAGUCCUCUGACUCCAUCAACUAUGGUACACCCAUCUCCUAUGCAAUUGAGGAUAACAAUGCCAAUACCUUCCUCCUGACUGAUUAUAAUGGCUGGGUUCUUUACGUGAAUGGGAAGGAGAGGAUCACAAACUGUCCCCCGGUGAAUGAUGGCAGUUGGCAUCACAUUGCAGUCACUUGGACAAGUUCUGGUGGAGCCUGGAAAGUCUAUAUUGAUGGGAACUUAUCUGACAGUGGCACUGGCCUCUCUGUUGGUACAGCUAUACCUGGUGGUGGUGCAUUAGUUCUUGGGCAAGAACAAGACAAAAAGGGAGAGGGAUUCAACCCAGCUGAGUCUUUUGUGGGCUCCAUAAGCCAGCUCAACCUCUGGGACUAUGUCCUGUCUCCACAGCAGGUGAAAUCACUAGCCACCUCCUGCUCAGAGGACCUUCGUAGAGGAAAUGUGUUGGCCUGGCCUGAUUUCUUGAGAGGAGUUGUAGGAAAAGUGAAGACGAAUUCUAAAAGCAUAUUCUGUUCUGAUUGUCCAUCUUUAGAAGGAUCCGUACCUCACCUGAAAGCUGCAUCAGGAGAUUUAAAGCCAGGCUCCACUGUGCGUCUGUUCUGUGAUCCGGGCUUCCAGCUGGCCGGGAACCCUGUGCAGUACUGUCUGAAUCAGGGACAGUGGACUCAGCCUCUCCCUCACUGUGAACCCAUUCACUGUGGGGUGCCUCCCCCCUUGGAGAAUGGCUUCUACUCAGCGGAGGACUUCCAUGCUGGCAGCACAGUGACCUACCAGUGCAACACUGGCUACUACUUAUUGGGUGAUUCCAGGAUGUUCUGUACAGACAAUGGGAGCUGGAAUGGCAUUUCCCCACUGUGCCUCGAUGUGGAUGAAUGUGCAGUUGGAUCGGACUGUGAUGAGCAUGCGUCCUGCCUGAAUAUAAAUGGAUCAUAUAUAUGCUCUUGCAUCCCACCAUACACAGGAGACGGCAAAACCUGUGCAGAACCUAUAAAAUGUAAAGCUCCAGGAAAUCCAGAGAAUGGCCACUCUUUGGGGGAGAUUUACACUGUUGGAGCUGAAGUCACAUUUUCCUGUGAGGAAGGACACGAGCUGGUUGGAGUCACCAAAAUCACAUGCUUGGAGACUGGAGAAUGGAAUCACCUCAGACCAUAUUGUGAAGCUGUUUCCUGUGGUAUACCAGCUGCCCCAGAAAAUGGUGGCAUUGAGGGGUCAACAUUUACUUACAAGAGUAAAGUGACUUACUGGUGUAAUAAAGGAUAUACUUUGGCUGGUGAUAAAGAAACAUCCUGCCUCGCCAGUGGUUCUUGGAGUCAUUCUCCUCCUGCUUGUGAACUGGUAGAGUGUUCCAGUCCUGAAACCAUAAGUCACGGAAACUACAUUCUGAGUGGGCUGAGCUACCUUUCUACUGCCUUGUAUUCCUGUGAGAACGGAUACAGCUUACAAGGCCCUUCCCGCCUUGAAUGCACCGCUUCAGGGACCUGGGACAGAGCACCACCUACCUGUCACCUUGUCUUCUGUGGAGAGCCACCGGCCAUCAAAGAUGCAGUCAUUACGGGCAGUAACUUCACCUUUGGAAACACUGUCACUUACACCUGCAAAGAAGGCUACACACUUGCUGGUCCUGACACGGUGGAAUGCCUGGCCAAUGGCAAAUGGAGCGGAAGUAACCAGCAGUGUCUAGCUGUCUCCUGUGACGAACCCCCCAGUGUGGAACACGCCUCUCCAGAGACAGCCCAUCGGCUCUUUGGCGACAUUGCGUUCUACUACUGCGCCGAUGGUUACAGCCUGGCAGACAAUUCCCAGCUCCUUUGCAAUGCCCAGGGCAAAUGGAUUCCCCCAGAGGGUCAGGCAAUCCCCCGUUGCAUAGCUCAUUUCUGUGAAAAACCUCCAUCUGUUUCGUACAGCAUCUUGGAGUCGGUGAGCAAAGCCAAAUUUGCAGCUGGUUCUGUGGUGAGCUUCAAGUGCAUGGAAGGUUUCGUGCUGAACACCUCAGCCAAGAUUGAAUGCAUGAGGGGUGGGCAGUGGAGCCCCUCCCCGCUGUCCAUUCAGUGUAUUCCCGUGCGCUGCGGGGAGCCGCCCAGCAUCACGUAUGGCUAUGCAAGUGGAUCAAACUACAGUUUUGGGGCCGUGGUGGCCUAUAGCUGCCACAAAGGGUUCUACAUUAAAGGGGAGAAGAAGAGCACCUGUGAAGCCACAGGUCAAUGGAGUAGCCCCAUACCCACAUGCCAUCCGGUUUCCUGCAGUGAACCACCUAAGGUGGAGAAUGGCUUUCUGCAGCAUUCCACUGGCCGGGUCUAUGAGAGUGAAGCGAGGUACCAGUGCAAUCCAGGCUACAAGUCUGUGGGGAGCCCUCUGUUCGUCUGCCAAGCCAAUCGCCACUGGCACAGUGAAUCCCCCCUGCUGUGCAUCCCUCUCAACUGUGGGAAACCUCCACCAAUCCAGAAUGGCUUCAUGAAAGGGGAAAGCUUUGACGUGGGCUCCAAGGUCCAAUUUUUCUGCCAUGAGGGUUAUGAGCUUAUCGGCGACAGUGCAUGGACAUGCCAGAAAUCUGGCAAGUGGAGUAAGAAGCCAACCCCCAAGUGUGUGCCUACCAAGUGCCCAGAGCCACCUCUGUUGGAAAACCAGCUCAUAUUAAGAGAGUUAACUUCUGAAGUUGGCGUGGUGACAUUUUCCUGUAAAGAAGGCCAUGCCCUACAAGGCCCCUCUGUCCUGAAAUGCUUGCCGUCUCAACAAUGGAAUGACUCCUUCCCUGUUUGCAAGGUGGUUCUUUGCCUCCCACCUCCCCUGAUCUCCUUUGGUGGCCCUGUGCCUUCUUCCACUCUCCAUUUUGGAAGUACUGUCAAGUAUUCCUGUGUGGAUGGGUUUUUCCUAAGAGGCAAUCCUACCACCAUCUGCCAAGCAGAUGGUACCUGGAGCUCUCCACUUCCAGAAUGUGUUCCGGUAGAAUGCCCCCAUCCUGAGGAAAUCCUCAAUGGCAUCAUUGACGUGCAAGGACUUGCCUAUCUCAGCACAGCUCUCUACACCUGCAAACCAGGCUUUGAGUUAGUGGGCAACAGCACCACCCUUUGUGGUGAAAAUGGUGACUGGAUUGGAGGAAAACCAACAUGUAAACCCAUUGAAUGUCCAAAGCCCAAGGAGAUUUUGAAUGGCAAAUUCUCUUCUACCAGCCUUCAUUAUGGGCAGACUGUCACAUAUUCUUGUGAUGAAGGCUUCCGACUGGAAGGACCCAAAGCCUUGACCUGUUUAGAAACAGGUGACUGGGAUGUGGCCGCCCCAUCCUGCAAUGCCAUCCACUGUAAUGCCCCACAGCCGAUUGAAAAUGGUUUUGUAGAAGGGGCUGAUUACAGAUAUGGGGCCAUGAUCAUCUAUAGCUGCUUCCCCGGGUUCCAGGUGGCUGGUCAUGCCAUGCAGACCUGUGAAGAGUCAGGAUGGUCAAGCUCCAUCCCAACGUGUAUACCCAUAGACUGUGGGCUGCCUCCUCACAUUGAUUUUGGAGAUUGUACUGAAGUCAAAGAAAGCCAGAGAUAUUUUGAUCAAGAAGAUGACAUGAUGGAAGUUCCUUAUCUGACUCCUCGUCCUCAUCCUUUGGGAGCAGUGACUAAAAGCUGGGCCCAUGUGAAGGAAUCUUCCAGUACACAUUCAUCACAUUUUCCCUAUGGAACAAUGGUGUCCUAUACCUGUAAUCCAGGAUAUGAGCUUUUAGGAAACCCUGUCCUGAUGUGCCAGGAAGAUGGCACUUGGAAUGGCAGUGCACCCUCAUGCAUUUCAAUUGAAUGUGACUUGCCAGUUGCUCCUGAAAAUGGCCUUUUGCAUUUUACACAGACUACCCUGGGAAGUGCCGUACAGUACAGCUGCAAACCCGGGCACAUCCUGGUAGGCUCUGACAUGCGACUUUGUCUGCAGGACCGGAAGUGGAGUGGUGCUCCCCCACACUGUGAAACCAUUGCAUGCAAAAGGCCAAAUCCAAUCCUGAAUGGAUCCAUCAAAGGAAGCAACUACACAUACCAGGGUGUGUUGAACUAUGAGUGUGACCCUGGCUAUGUGCUCCAUGGCCCUGAGAGAAGAACAUGCCAGGAUAAUAAAAACUGGGAUGGGCAUGAGCCAAUUUGCCUUCCUGUGGAUUGUGGCUCACCCCCAGUAUCAGCCAAUGGCCAAGUCAAAGGAGAGGAGUACACCUUCGGAAAAGAGAUUGAGUAUGCUUGCAAUGAAGGCUUCUUGCUUGAGGGAGCCAGACGUCGUGUUUGUCUUGCUGAUGGAAGUUGGAGCGAAGCAACUCCUAAAUGCAUACCUGUCAGAUGUACCACCCCUCCACAGGUGGCAAAUGGGGUGAUGGAUGGCCGGGACUAUGGCUUCAAGAAGGAAGUCUUGUUCCACUGCCAGGAGGGUUACGUGUUGCAUGGUGCUAAGAAAAUCACUUGUCGGUCGGAUGGUACCUGGGAUGCAGAGGCCCCCUUCUGUAAACCAGCUGCCUGUGGCCCUCCUGAAAAUCUUCCCCAGGGCUUCCCUAAUGGUUUUUCCUUCUAUCAUGGUGGGCACAUACAGUAUCAGUGCUUUCCUGGUUAUAAACUCCAUGGAAGUCCUUCAAGAAGAUGUCUCUCCAAUGGUUCCUGGAGUGGCAGCCCACCUUCCUGCCUACCUUGCAUGUGUUCUACACCAAUCAUCCAAUAUGGAACUGUCAAUGGAACUGAUUUCGGCUGUGGAAAGACAGCCCAGAUUCAGUGCUUCAGAGGUUUUAAGCUCCUAGGACUUUCUGAAAUCACCUGUGAAGCCAAUGGUCACUGGAGUUCUGACUUCCCACACUGUGAACACACUUCCUGUGGUUCUCUCCCAACCAUACCAAAUGCACUCAUCAGUGAAAGAAGCAAUGCAGAAGAAAAUGUGGUGACUUACAGCUGCAGACCUGGCUACGUCAUGCAAGGCAGUUCUAAUCUGAUUUGUACAGAUUUGGGGAUAUGGAGCCACCCUUACCCAGUGUGUGAGCCUCUGUCCUGUGGCCCCCCACCAUCUGUUGCCAAUGCUGUGGCAACUGGAGAAGCAUAUACUUAUGAAAGCAAAGUAAAACUAAGGUGUUUGGAAGGUUACAUGAUGGACACAGAUACAGAUACAUUCACCUGCCAGAAAGAUGGUCACUGGUUCCCUGAGAGAAUCUCCUGCAGUCCUAAAAAAUGUCCCCUGCCAUCAAAUCUGACACGUUUGCUUGUCCAUGGAGAUGACUUUGGCACAAAUAAGCAAGUUUCUGUGUCAUGUGUAGAAGGGUACAUUUAUGAAGGUGUCAACAUAUCAACGUGUCAGCUUGAUGGAACGUGGGCACCACUACUUUCUGAUGAAUCCUGCAUGCCAGUGUCUUGUGGAUAUCCUGAAAGCCCAGAGCAUGGAUACGUAAUUGGCAGUAAUUACAGCUUUGAAAGCACAGUUAUUUAUCAGUGUGAGCCUGGCUACGAAUUAGAGGGGAACAGACAGCGGAUCUGUCAGGAAAACAGACAGUGGAGUGGAGGAGUAGCGACCUGCAAAAAGAGCAGAUGUGAAGCUCCAGCAGAGUUUCUGAAUGGAAACGCUGUGGUGGAAAACAGCACAGGGGGACCCCGGGUAAUCUACUCUUGCCACCGAGGCUACAGCCUAGAAGGGCCGCUGGAGGCGCACUGCACGGAAAACGGAACCUGGAGCCACUCAGCUCCUCUCUGCAAACCAAACCCAUGCCCUGUCCCCUUCGUGAUUCCUGAGAAUGCUGUCCUUUCUGAAAAGGAGUUCUAUGUGGAUCAGAAUGUGUCCAUCAAGUGCAGGGAAGGCUUCCUUCUCAAGGGACAAGGGGUCAUCACCUGCAAUCCGGAUGAGACAUGGACACAGACAAGUGCCAAGUGUGAAAAAAUCUCAUGUGGCCCACCAGCUCAUGUAGAAAAUGCUAUUGUGCGAGGCAUCCAUCACCAAUAUGGGGACAUGAUCACCUACUCCUGUUACAGUGGGUACGUGCUGGAGGGCUCCCUAAGGAGUGUUUGCCUAGAAAAUGGAACAUGGACAUCACCUCCUAUUUGCAAAGCUGUCUGUCGGUUCCCAUGUCAGAAUGGAGGGGUCUGCCAACGCCCAAAUGCAUGUUCCUGCCCAGAUGGCUGGAUGGGGCGUCUCUGCGAAGAGCCAAUAUGCAUUCUUCCCUGUUUGAAUGGCGGUCGCUGUGUGGCACCUUACCAGUGUGACUGCCCAUCUGGUUGGACUGGGUCUCGCUGUCAUACAGCUACUUGCCAGUCUCCUUGCUUAAAUGGUGGAAAAUGUGUGAGACCCAACCGUUGCCAUUGUCUUUCGGCUUGGACAGGACACGACUGCUCCAGGAAAAGAAGGACUGGGUUUUAAUCACCACACACCUGGGGCAGAUCAUCUCUUCCUGACAGCUCCUUGGGCUACACGGAACUUACACCAAGGCAAUCCAACAUGGUGCUGGGGCUUGUUUUGUUUAGUAAACAUUUUAUUUGCAGUUGACUUUUUAAAUUUUGUGAUAUAUUUUGUUAUUCCUCAUGACAUCGUUUCUUAUAUGUUCCCAUUUUUAAAUGUGCCUGUAUUUUCUAUAUAAAAAUUAUACUAAAUAGAUGCUAUCCCAUCCUCAUGAAAUGUACAUACUCUGCUGUCUAUUGGGAAAGUUUCUGGAACACAUUUUUAUUCGGUUACUUAAGAUGAUUUUUUUCCAUUAAAAUAUAUUUUGCUACUAAAUAA